UGUUGUGAAUUUUUAUCACUUGCAGAGCGCACUCGCGGGUGUAAGCACUCUUAAUUACUUUAGUCAUUUUUCGCCCUUUUUUGUGUACUUAAGUGAUCAUUUUUGCUUUUAGUUGGUUUGUGUUUAAAUAUCGUGUUAGUUUCUGGUUUGUGGGUGUUUUUGACUGCUCUGGAAUAAAUCUUCUGGCUAUAUUGUAGGGGAAGGUGGCAUCAUGGGAUCUUCGUCCAGUAUUAUGAGACCAGAAGAGACUACAACCCAGAACUAGGAGCUCAUUGAGUUCAGGAAGCUAAACACGUCCAUCGAAAAUGUGGAAGUGCCCGCACGACCCGAAAAUAGGAGUGUCACGGAUAAAACGGGAUUCCUCAUUUUUGGCAUUUCCAUAUUGAUUUUGAUACCUUUCUUAGCCUACACCUUGGUCAACGUGGAUUUUAGACACAUGAGUUACGAGACCGACAACUGCGGAAACUUCUGUGGACUCAGAAACCCACUAAUUCAAGGUGUUCCUUGCUCGGGUAAAGAUUUCACAAUGAGACGAGAAUUGGAUGCAAAAGGCGAAUGCGAUUAUUUUAACACCGAGAAAUUAUUCGGACAGAUGUAUAGAACGUUUGAAGAGGACAAUCCAUUUGAGGACGACUUCGAUACAUCGACUCAAAAUGGCAGCGUUUGGUGGAGGUUGGUCUCGGCGAUAUUCAUCACAACCGCUCUAGGUAUACUCACACUAGUACUGCUAAGGUUUGCCCCAGCUCCGUUUGUGUGGGGAAUUUUGAUUUUUUCGAUCUUGGUUUUAUUGGGUACUACCGGACUUCUAUGGACUUCGUACUUUCAAGGUAAAGACGUGUUUGACGAGCGGUCAAUCUCUCUGGCACCGGUUCUUGCUUGGACAAUUUUUGCUGUCACGAUACUCAUAAUUUUUAUGGUCAUAUUUAAGAGAAUAGGUUUGGUUAUUCAGUUAUACAAAGAAACAACCAAAGUUCUUGCCGCUAUGCCCCUAGUUGUGUUUUUCCCGAUAUUCAUCGCAUUCAUCCAAAUGAUUGUGUUUAUGGCUGUCAUUGUUACCACCAUCUGCAUUUGGAACUUCAAAGAACUGACAAAACGCGACGAAAAUGUGUACAAGUACGAACUAUCUGGAGUCGCAAUUCUCACAAUCGUUUUUAAUAUAUUCGUAGCCACCUGGGCUAUGCGAUUUGUUUCGGGGGUUCAGUCUAUGACCAUUGCUGGAGGUGUAGCACGGUGGUACUUUUCCAAAAACAAAGAUCAUGUGAAUUCUCCAGUUUGGUCUAGUUUUAAAGUUACAUUGAAGUACCACCUCGGUACUAUCGCAUUUGGAUCUUUAUUGAUGACGCUGUUCGCCGUAGUGAAGAUGUUUCUGAAACUGUGUUGCAGAAAUUCGUGCUGCAAGUGUUGCGAGAAAUUUUGCUGUAACCAAGCCGAGGUACUACUCAAAUUCUUGUCAGGAAAUUCUUAUAUACUGACAGCAAUUCAUGGACAGUCUUUUCUGAGAUCGGCUAGACGAGCUACCAAACUAGUUUUGACAAAUAUUGGCAACAUUGUCGCUAUAAACUGUGUUGGAGAUUUUAUUUUGGCAGUAAUUAUAAUAGUUCUCUCUGUACUGGCCACAGCAAUUUCCUUUGCCCUAUUUAAGGAUACUGGUCCAGUGGGAACGAAAACUGCCAUUGGCUGUUUUUUCAUAAAUACUGUCAUUAUUUACGUAAUAUUUGGGACUUUCCAAACCAUCAUCGACUCUCUCUUCAUAUGCUUCUGUGAAGAUUCGGUCAUGAAUGACGGUAUAUCAAGACCAUACUAUAUGUCUCGAGGUCUGAAGGAGUUUAUGGAAAAUUCGAAGAAGGAGCAAGAGCGACAUACACGACAAUAAAGUUUCAAAACAAAAAAAAAA